GAGACCUAUAAACAGUAUCUUACCAGUUAUAUAAGCUGUCUGUUCUCUGGAGCAUAAUGCUCAACACCUAAAUUUAAAUGGUGAAGAGUUAAUUUAGCUCAUGUUUUGGGGGAUUUGGCCCAUGGGCAGCUGACUUCAAGGCAGAAACAUCACGCAGAAAGCAUGGUAGAGCUCAGCUCUUGAAGCAGAGCAAGGCAACAGUGCUGGAGAGGCAGAUAAGGGACAAGACCUAGAUGAUCCCUCCCAUGCUGGCCUCUGUGACACACAGAAACACCCAGAAGUGUGCACCACCAGUUCCCCUAAGGGGGAUCCCAAAGCCAAUCAAAUUGACACCCUCCCCUAAGUGCCACACCAUUGUUACAUUGCUAUGACAUUGUCUAGAAACUUUACUCACUUCAUCUCAUUUACCCUGUAAAGCCAGGCUAUUAAUUUCCACAACACGAAUGAGCCAGACAAUGAAGUGAAGACAAUUAAGUGAAACCAGCAGUAGCUCAAGGCCUUACAGCUUCUUCGUUCUUGUGCUGAACAAACAAGUCCCGUUUCUAGCUCUCCAGUCUGUGGUUCAUCAGGACACACCGCCCAAUGACAGUGGUCCUUGGGAUUCCAGGGUUUGUUAAUGUGGUUAAAGUGCUAGUCAAGCACAAAUUGGGAAUUUAAAGGAAAACUAAGUUAUGCUACGAAAGAGGGAGACAGAGGGUGAGAGAGAGAGAGAAGGCUGUUACUCAGCUGAUUUUCUAAUGUUUACUCAACCCUACACAUCUCUAAAAUGAAGCCUGACUUUCAUAAAGUAUGGAAACAGUGUGAACCAAGGAAAAAACAAAGCAAACUGCUGAUUGGGAGGGAGUCCCAGAUAUCUGCCUUCUGCUGUUGCCUGGCAACGAGUGUAAACAGCACAGGAUCAUGGCCACUAACUACAGUGCCAACCAGUAUGAAAAAGCUUUCUCACCCACCUAUCUGCAGAAUUGGUCUCUUGCCAAGCCGACAAAACAGGCACACUUCUCCCCUACUUCCACCCCAGAGCAUCUCUUCCCAUGAAGGCUACACUCAGAUUAUUGCCAAUGAUCGUGGUCAUCUGUUGCCUUCUGUGCCCCGUUCCAAGGCAAGUCCCUGGGGUUCCUUCAUGGGCACCUGGCAAAUGCCUCUGAAGAUACCCCCUGCUCGGGUGACAAUGACUGCCCGGACAACUGCUGAUGCUGCCUCGCUCACCAAAUGGAUACAGAAAAAUCCUGACUUUCUCAAGGCCUCUAAUGGGCCGUGCCCUGCAAUCUUAGGCAAGCCCCAUGAUGCAGACUGUCAGAAGAUACUCGGGAAGAAGUCUGCCACAAAAAUGGUACAACAAGCACCAUGUCCAACCAUAAUUCCAAGCUCUCCAAAUACUAGUCUUGAUUCCCUAGAUGAAUCUCGAAGUUCACACCCCUCUGCAGGUCACACUCCAGGUCCCCAAACCCCACUCAACUCUCCUGAAAGCCCACCGGGAAGCCCUGUAUGUCUGAAAGCAGGUCCUAAUCUUGCUGAAAUCCAGAACUGCAAACCUGGAACUUCUGAGGGGAUCAAGGGGUCACACUGAGAAAAAUCUGUCCAAGCCUUGAUCUGAAGUGAAUGCCAUCCCCUGGUCAGAAAUGUGGAAAAGAGAAAUUGUGGGGUAGGAGUAAAGGCAAAUUUGGACAAUAAAUACCAUUUGUUGACUGA